AAAUCGCUGUUCACUCUCACAGACAGUUUGGUGUUUGAGAGUAAUAGUGAAAACAGCAAAAAAUAUAUAAAUAUUUAAUAACUUUUUUGUUGCUUUAAUUAAAUUGUUACUCAGUUAGAGUCAAGCAAAUAAUAAAAGUUUUAUUUUAAUAAUUGUUUAACAAAAUAAAAUCAUUUAUUUUGACCGCUAAUACCAAUCGAUCAGCAAAAUGAAGACCAAUAUCAAUAUGUCUUUGAAACUCAAAUAUAUCACAACAUUUGCACUCUUUUCUUGUUAUUUCUUUUACGGAGUCAACUUCUAUGUGGUCGGUCCCACACUUAUUGAACUAUCGGCUCUGUUUCGGUCAACAAUUGAAAAAAUAUGUUUCAUAUAUACGGUCCGAUCGGCCGGUUAUACAUUAGGCAGUCUAAGCGGAUUUCUAUUCAAUUACAUCAACCGUCAGUUGGCUUUUGUCUUCUUCAUGUCAUUGAUGGGAGUGAGUCUUCUUCUGAUGCCUCAUUGCACAUCACUGUUCCAACUGUUCUCAUUGGGCGCCAUCAAUGGCUUCUCCAUUGGCAGCUUUGACACAGCCAUUAAUGUCUGGAUUCUGGAGAUGUGGGGCGAACAAAGUGGUCCAUACAUGCAGGCCCUGCACUUUACCUAUGGUUUGGGCUCUUUCGUGGCACCGUUACUUUGCGAACCUUUCCUAUCUUCAAAGGUGAUGAUCGGACAUCAUAUAAAAAUUGAAGAUUACAUCAAUACCAGUGCUACACAAGAUUUUGAUCCAAAUAAUACUGGAGUCAAUAUAACACAAUUCUUAACCGAUGAUGAGAUCAGAUCCAACCCGACUCUCAUAUAUAUUCCCUAUGCGUUUGCCGGCGCAAUGACAAUAGCAUCGGCCGCUGCCGUACUUGUUCUCUACGCUUACAAGAAGUACGAACCGCCAACAGUUGAGAAAACUGUUUACAAAAUUGCAAACAAUGAUAAUAAGGAUCUCAUUAAAAAUGGCAACAAAAUAUCACAAUUGAAAAAUUUUAUCAAAACCAACAUUCCUUCUUUCAAUACUAUAUGGUUGGUAUCAUUGGGCGCAUUGUUUCUCACAUUUUUUGUGGGUAUGGAGCAAAUGCAUCUACAAUUUCUGCCAACAUUUGCUGUCAACACUGACCUCAAUAUGAGUCCAUCGGCUGCUGCUUUGGUGACUUCCGGAGCCGCCGCAGCUUUUACAGUGGGCCGCGGAUUGUCGAUACCUCUGUCCCUAUGGCUAACACCACAAGUGAUUCUCUAUGCAAACCAUAUUCUGAUGAUCGCCGGUAUGUUGAUUCUCGUAGUCUAUGCCAAUACAUCUAUGGUAAUGAUGUGGACGGGCAAUAUCAUACUGGGCGCCGGAUUAUCAUCCGUUUAUGCUUCAGUUUACGCUUUCCUCGAACAACAAUUUCGUGUAACCAACAGAAUCGGAUCGAUAUUUGUUUUCGCCGGCGGUCUGACCGCAGCAGUGUCUCCAUCACUGGUCGGCCAAUAUAUUGAGGCCAAUCCAUUGAUACUUAUCUGGUUUAAUCUGAUCUGCGUUGGGAUCUGUCUUUCAAUUUUGCUUGUAAUACACUUUAGUAUUUAUAUCAGAAAUCGCCAAAAACAGGCCAAAGUGGUGGACACUUCUGCCACCACCGAUGACGAGUGUCUCAAAAAGAUGAUAAUGAUGGCUUAAAAUCCAUCUAUAUAUUUAAUAUUUGAAAAUUAUUAUAAUAAUUGACUUUUUUA